AUGCGACCCACAAAGUCUGAAAAUGAAAACGACCAUGUCUCCAACGCGUUAAGGGGCUCUGUGGUUCGUUCUGGCGGUUCCCCGGGCGGCGUGACGGGCGGAAUUCACAUUGGUAAACGCCGCAAUGUUUCCAACGCCGGGCAGAGCUGCUCACCAGGAAGUACGAACGGGGGAGAAGAUGUGGAUGGGCAGGAAGAAAAGAAGAAACCCCCGGUCAAGCGGGCGUGUAAUGAGUGCCGCCAGCAGAAGGUGAAUUUGCCCGUCCAGCUCUGGUUCCAUAAGCGACAGAAGAUGUACUGA